GACGGUAAUAAAGAGAAGAGAUUGUGUCUCCUUCUCGACUUCUUCUUCUUCUUCUCAUCUCAAUCUCUUCUUCGACAAGGAGAGAAAGAGAGACAACGCACACAAAAGCCGAUCUCUUUCCGUUGAUUCUCUUUGAAUCUCGGAUUGAUCGUCGCUGAGAAGAGUUUCUUCUUCUAUCGUUUCGUUGUUCUUUUUUUUGGUUGUUGGAGAUUUUGGAUCCGAUCUCAGGUGAUUUAGAUCUCGGUAUGCAGCAGGGAGAUAAAUCGGUUUUGAGCUUGAGACCUGGUGGCGGUAGAGGAAACAGAAUCUUUGGUUCCUCAUCCUCUUCUUCGUCCAUCUCCUUUGGAUCUCUUUCCUCUUCCGAUCUACCUCUCCUUCGUCCUCAUGGCGGUGCUCCUCCUUCCUCUUUCCCCUUCAAGGGUGGAGACUCGAGGUUCGAUGGCCGUGAACGUGUGAAGUACACCCGUGAACAGCUUCUGGAACUUAAAGAGACCGCUCAACUCUCUGAUGAAAUUCUGAAAGUCAAACGGGAAACUGAACUAGAACUGUUUGGUGAGGAACAGACUUGGGCACGUGGAGAAACUGUCGUAAGCAAUGUGGUUCCGGUUCAAUCCGCAAGUCGCUUCUCUGAGCCAGACACUCGCAAUUGGCGCAGCCGUUCUGCUGCUCAACCACCACCCUCUGGGGAAGAAAGGUCGUGGGAGAAUCUCCGUGAAGCUAGAGAUUCCAGGUAUGUUGAAGCAAACCAAUACAAUCGUCAAGGCCAACCUAGGGGGCAAGCAUCCAACCAAGGGGGUGGACCAGCUCCUGUCCUCGUCAAAGCUGAAGUACCUUGGUCAGCUAGAAGAGGAAACCUUUCUGAAAAUGACCGUGUCCUGAAGACUGUCAAAGGGAUACUGAACAAGCUUACCCCUGAAAAGUAUGAUCUUCUCAAGGGCCAACUCAUUGACGCUGGCAUCACAUCUGCUGAUAUCCUAAAGGGUGUGAUAACUCUUAUCUUUGACAAAGCUGUCCUUGAGCCAACGUUCUGCCCAAUGUACGCUGAGUUGUGCUCUGACAUCAACGACAAGCUACCCACCUUCCCACCUGAAGAGCCUGGGGGUAAAGAGAUCACAUUCAAGAGGGUUCUGCUGAACAUCUGCCAAGAGGCCUUUGAAGGCGCUUCCAAUCUGAGGGAGGAGCUUAAACAGAUGAGUGCUCCAGAUCAGGAGGCUGAGCGUAGCGACAAAGAGAAGUUGCUGAAGCUCAAGACCCUAGGAAACAUUCGUCUGAUUGGUGAGCUUCUCAAGCAGAAGAUGGUUCCAGAAAAGAUUGUUCAUCACAUCGUUCAGGAGCUUCUGGGGGCUGAUGAGAAAGCGUGUCCAGCAGAGGAGAAUGUUGAAGCUAUUUGCCAUUUCUUCAAAACCAUUGGGAAACAGCUUGAUGGAAACAUGAAGUCAAAACGUAUCAAUGAUGCAUACUUCAAACGCCUGCAGGAUCUGUCAAAGAAUCCUCAUCUGGAACUGCGUCUGAGAUUCAUGGUUCAGAAUAUCAUCGAUCUGCGCUCUAAUGGAUGGGUUCCAAGGCGUGAAGAGAUGAAAGCAAAGACUAUAACAGAAAUCCAUUCUGACGCUGAGAAGAAUAUGGGUCUCCGACCAGGCGCCACCGCAAACAUGAGAAAGGGCAUGGCUUCUAGUAGCGGGCCUCUGAGUCCUGGCCCUAUCUACCCUGGAGGACGACCUGGUGCAGGUGGCUUGAUGCCUGGUAUGCCUGGGACGCGAAGGAUGCCAGGAGCGCCUGUGGGGGACAAUGAUAACUGGGAGGUUCCCAGGACAAGGUCAAUGUCUAGACGCGACGGGCCUGGACCUCUGCAUUCUCCAGCAAUGGGCAAGUCCACCUCAAUGAACACGAGGCUCUUGCCUCAAGGAAGCAGCGGGUUCAUGAGUGGUAAGACAAGCGCCCUGUUACAGGGCAGCAGCUCACGCCCAGCAGAACAACCGGUUCAGCGAGCUGCACCUGUGGCUGUACCGGCUCCGGUAGAGAAACCACAGGCUAGUGCUGCUCCCAAGCUGAGCGAGGAAGUUCUCAAGAGCAAAACAAAGUCGCUUCUUGAGGAGUAUUUCAAUGUCCGACUUCUUGAUGAAGCUAUGCAGUGUUUGGUGGACCUUGCGUCGCCUUCAUACCACGCAGAGUUUGUGAAUGAAGCAAUUACUCUAGCCCUUGAGAAAAGCCCACCUGUUGUUGAGCCCAUCGCUAGUCUCUUGGUGUAUCUGCUAUCCAAGAAGGUGGUCACACCCAAGGAUCUUGAAACUGGGUGCUUGAUGUUCGGUGCUAUGCUGGACGACGUUGGAAUCGAUCUCCCCAAGGCACCAAACAACUUUGGUGAGAUUGUAGGGAAGCUGAUUGUUACUGGUGGUGUGGAUUUUAAAUUUGUUAGAGAGGUCCUUGGAAAGAUGGAGGAUGAUAGGUUCCAGAAGGCGGUGAUUGAUGCAGCUGUGCGCAUUGUGGAAUCUAGCGAGCAGGGGAAGUCGCUGUUGGCCUCACAGGCUGCAGACGUCGAGGCUUGUCGGAAUCUGUAAAGGAACCAAGGCCUUGUGCGAUGAGUGUUGUGUUGUAAGCUUGAAGGACAGAACUCAAAGACAGUUUCCAACAAGAAAACUUGUGGGAGUUUUGGUCUUCUUUGUUAAGCUCUUUUAUUAUGACAUUAUUCUCACUUCUUCUUUGUGUUGUUGAUGUGGGAAUGUGUUCAUUUCCUUUUUUUUGUAUUCUUCUGCGACUCCUAUUAUUACUUUUUUGACCUUUUGCAUUUUUGUUUUACGGUCUCAGAUACUGUUCAGAUGAUUGUUGUUCAGACCUGAGACCCUUAUAAACUGGUUGCUUCAGAUAUCUACAUUGGAAAUGUUUGA